GUAAUAGAAACAUUGAUGAUAUGGAUCACAUGGAUAUGGGGCAUAAGGAUAUGGGUCACAUGGAUAUGCAGCAUAAGGAUAUGGGUCACAUGGAUAUGGGGCAUAAGGAUAUGGGUCACAUGGAUAUGCAGCAUAAGGAUAUGGGCCACAUGGAUAUGGGUGCUAUGGGACACGGAGAUAUGGAUAUGUCCGGAAUGCAAACCCACUUCACCUUCGACAUUGGUUUCAGAAUACUCGCUGAAGCGUUGCUCGUCGACGAUUUAAAAAAAUUUAUUGGAGUCUGUUUCUUGUUCGGGAUGUUUGGGUUUAUAUACGAGAUGUCAAAGUCCGUUGGACUAACGCUAUCACUAAAACAAAACUCCAACCAUAAAAGGAAGUUCCACGCCCGAUUGAGCCUACAUGCGCUGCAGACGUUAUUGUUCAUAUCACAAAUGUCCCUGGCCUAUCUCUUAAUGAUGGCGAUCAUGACGUAUAACGUCUUUCUCGUACUCAGCGUCAUACUAGGCAGCGGAUUGGGGUAUUUUACGCACAGAAUCUCGGGCAACGCAAUCCAACACCGAAAUGAAAGGAGGAGGUCGGUAAUGGAUACAAAAAGACAGAGUUUAUUGAUUGUUUAUGAUAAGGAUGGACGGGCACGUUGUCAUAGUGAUCACGAAAUAGAGGAGUACGAAUACGUGACGUCUUUGUGAGACGAUAUGUUGUACCAAGAGAGAGGGAUACCUCAGAAUUCAUACAUAAACCCAUGGAGGAUCGGCUCCCAGAAUCCAAUCUCGAUGUUUCCCACAAUAUAAAUUUCCAAUGUUGUAAUUGUCUGACAAUAAACUGGCUAUGAAAUCAUUAUCAGCAGUCCAAAAGAUAUAUUUGAGCUAAUAUCUUGAUCACUUCUUAUGCGUUUUAACAUUUUCUGUUCUGCAAUAAGACCAAAACUCGCGAUUUUAAAUCUAAAGUGAAAAAUGGCCUACUGAAUUUUGUUAUCAUGACAUCCUUCAUGGUCGGGCGUAUUCAUCAAAGAUUUGUUUAAUAAUUUUAUGUGAACCGAACGGAACGAAAGAAUAUCGAGAUUGCAUUCUGGGAUCCAAUCAUCCAUGAUAUGAACCUAUCUCCUUGAAAAGAGUAUAUAUCCUCCUCUUCU